AUCACACUCAUCAUCUGUGCAACAACCAUGAAACCUUCCCUGAUUCUGGUGUGUUUAUUCAUCAUGGCACAUGAAAUGUGCUCACAGGUUUUAAUGACCCCGGGCAUAGAUGUCAUGUCUGAACUUAAAUGCAUGAAGGACCGAAUAAAAGUGUUGGAGGAGGAAAUGAUCGAGCAACGAAAAGAGAAAAGAGUUAAGAAAGACUGUGUGGACAUCACAGACUACAGGAUGGAAGAGCGACAUCCAAAGAACAAAGUGGCAUUCUGGGCCACAUCUAUAGGUGGUGCCCAAGACAAUGGACCAUUUGAGGAAGAUCAGAUCAUGGUAUACAGAACUGCUUUGACCAACAUCGGUAAUGGCUACGACACAAACACAGGUAUCUUCACAGCACCGGUUAGAGGAGUGUACUACUUCAACAUUGUAGUUUUCAAUGCAAAUUCCUACGCAACCGGUGUGCAUAUAAUGAAGAACAAAGUUCGUGUGGCUGCAGUUACUGAUAACCCACCAGGACAGGACUCUGAGGACACGGCAAGUAACUCAGUCACUCUGCUGCUCGAGAAAGGAGACCAGGUUUACAACGAGCUCAUUAAUCAACGGAAAAUUUACACGGAUACCGGGAGACGUAAUUCCUUCAGCGGCCAUCUUCUGUAUGAAAUGCCCACCACUGAAUAAGCACAAAUACCCACACUGAUUUGGAGACAUUGCUAAUGUUGUCAUGAUAUAUGAAAAGAAAGUAUAGCAAUACCGCUGCUAAACAAAAGUCUACAAAUUGAAGUCAUGAUAAUGACCUUAUUAUAAUCGAAAACAUCUGAAUGUCUUUAAUAAUAAAAAAGAAAUAUAAAAUAUUAUUGUUAAAUAAACUUAAAUUCAGCAUUA